AUGGCGUCGAAAUUGUACAAGGACAACCCGGAGGUCCAGAUCAGCGCCCUCAUCUACGCAAUGGGUAAGGAGGCUGAACACAUUUUUAAGUCCUUCCAAUUUGCUGAUGAAGAUGAUAAGAAGAAUUUCGAAAAAGUAUUUGAGAAAUUUGACGAGUACUUCGUUCCAAAGAUAAAUACUAUUCACGAGCGAGCCAGAUUUCAUCAGCGUGCACAACAACCUGGUGAGUCAGUAGAAACUUUUGUUAGAACUCUCCACGAAAUUUCUGAACAUUGUGACUUUCCUGACAAGAAAGAGCAAAUUCGAGAUAGAUUGGUGAUUGGUAUUUUGGACAAAGAACUCUCAGAAAAAUUAAAGCUCAGAUCAGAUCUGAUACUGGAGAAAGCAGUCGAAACUGCGCGGCAAUCAGAAAUGGUGAAAUCACAGAUCAAGGACCAGAGUGUGUCAGCUACAAACGUGGAGGCAGUUCGCAAGCACAGCGCUACAGGUCAGAGUCCGCAGAGCAAGAACAGCCGAGGCAGAGGUCGAGGUCGUGGACACAGAUACACACAGAGCCGUGGCAGAGGUAACCAUCACAGGAGACAAGGUCAAGGGAAAUGCAACAAGUGUAACCUACACCAUGCAAGGGACAAUUGUUUUGCUAGAGGCAAACAGUGCAGACGGUGUCACCAAUAUGAUCACUUCGCCGUGUGUUGUAACCAGAAUAGCAUAGCAGAAAUAGUAAAAUCCGAGCCGGAAGAACCAUAUGAGGAAACAGGAUUUCUUGGAUCUGUCACAACCUGUGAUGACGAUGAAGCAGUGUGGAAAAUAAAUCUGAAAAUCUGUGGAAAAACUGUAACAUUUAAGAUAGACUCAGGAACGGACACCUCAGUUAUGGGUGAACCAACUUACCAUGCACUCCAAAACCGACCAAAACUGGAAUCUGCAAACACAGCUUUAUUCGGACCAGGAGGACGUAUCAACUGUCUUGGAGUAUUUACAGCUGAGACCAGCUGCAAGGGCAAAAACUUUGUAUUUCCAAUCCAUGUAAUCAAAGGAACAAGUAAUCUGUUAGGACGAUCAGCUGCAUACAAGUUUGGAUUAAUUCAGAAAAUUGACAGUAUUGAACCAAGUUUGUUUGGAAGUUUUGGACUUGUAAAGUGUGAACCUGUUAGAAUCACACUAACUGAAGGUGCAAAGCCAUACUGUCUAACUACUGCUCGUCGUAUUGCAUUCCCAUUGAUGCCAAAGGUAGAAGCGGAAUUGAACAGAUUAGAAAAGGAGGGCAUCAUCGAAAAAGUGGAGAAACCAACGGAUUGGUGUGCUCCUAUGGUGCCAGUGUUAAAGAAGAAUGGAAAUGUGAGGAUUUGUGUAGAUCUCAAGAAGCUUAAUGAAGCCGUGAAAAGAGAACAUUUCAUGCUUCCAAAUCUUGAUGAUAUUUCUCCGAGAUUAGCAGGAUCAACGUUGUUUUCCAAACUCGACGCACCAAGUGGAUUUUAUCAGAUUCCUUUGCAUCCAGACAGCUGCGAAUUGACAACAUUCAUAACCCCGAUGGGACGUUACUGCUUUAGACGAGUACCAUUUGGAAUUACAUCCGCCCCAGAAAUCUUCCAGCGCAAAAUGACUGAUUUACUGCGUGGAAUUGAGGGAGUGGAAGUUAUCAUUGACGACAUCCUGAUUCACGGGAAAACACGCAAGGAACAUGACAGGAGGCUUGACACAGUGUUGCGCAGAAUUCAGGAUUCAGGACUGAAAUUGAACCGGGAAAAAUGUGAAUUCCGUAAGAUUGAGAUAGAAUACUUUGGACACAACAUUUCAUCUGAAGGUAUCCAACCAAGUAGCAGCCGAGUUGAUGCCAUUAGACAGAUUGAAACUCCGACCAACCUUACCGAACUACGCAGAUUCAUUGGUAUGGUGAACUACCUAGGACGAUUCAUUCCUGAUUUAACCUCAGUAAUCAGCCCAAUGACAGACCUACUGAAAUCCGGAAAUGCCUGGUUGUGGGACCAAGCUCAAGCUAAUGCAUUCAGUCGUGUUAAGGAAUUACUUACCUGUGCUCCAGUGUUGACAUUCUAUGCUCCACAGAAGCCUAUUGUCGUUAGUGCAGAUGCUAGUAGCUAUGGCUUAGGGGCAGCACUCUUUCAGAUGGAAGGAGACAAAUACAAGCCAGUGGCAUAUUGUUCACGAAAACUAACACGUGUUUACUUGGUGCUCGUUUAA